AUGGAUGUGGAUAAUGGAUUUGAAAGCUUUAAACAAUUAUUAUCGUCAACUGUUCUCGUCGUGAAUCCACCAAACAACACCCCCUUCGUAGAACUUGACCGAGUUCGGCCAUUGACUCCACCUUCCGCCCUUGACCUUGUACCAGAAGAUAUCGCGGGUUAUCGCGAUUCAAAACAAUUUUACGGUAUGAAGGUUUAUCGACGCGCUUGCAUUCUACGAGCUCAAGACCAGGGCCUGACCUUAUUACCCUCCGAAAUUUCUUUGAUGGCCUCCAAUUUAUGGCGCAAUGAAUCAGCCGCCAUAAAACAAGUGUAUAUUGAUAUUGCUGUAGAAGCUGCUCAUAUAAACAAUUACCACAAUGGACAAUUCCCAGAACAUAAAUGUGAAGGAUGUCCAAAUCACAACCACAACGCUUAG